CGUCACACACUUUAUCAAAAAUGCGCUAAAAAUUCCAAUUCGGAAACGGCCCUAGACUUGAACCUAUUCUGGAACCGCCUUGAAGUUAAGGCUUGUCGGUUAAAUCGACUUUCGCCGAAUCUCACGCUUCCGACUGCUGACAGUGGUGCGAUUCAAUUCUAUAAUUUUAAUAUGUCGAUGGUUAUGUGAUAUAUCAUGUUUAAAAAAAGUUUCCUGUUUUUAGAAAAGUGUGGUUAUUAUGGGUCUAUAGAGUAUCGUUUAUAAACAUUGUUUUUUUAUUUAAAAAAAUAAAUUUAGGGCAAAUAUGUUUAAAUUAAAAUUACUAACAGUUUCUCGGCCCCGAGUAACAAUUAAUCGGUUAUUUACCAAAAAUUAUUUGUGUCAACGUCAGGAAGUAACAGGUUUACCGGUUAGACUUAGAAUUUUAUCAGAAUCUAAAGUAGUAAAUUUGUGCACAUCUAGAGAAAAAAUUGGAGGAUAUUGUCAGAAUUUAAUGAUUAUUUCAACAAGGACAUUUUCUACCAAAAAACCCUUUGACAAAAGUUCUUCGAGUUCCAGUGAAGAUGGAGAUCAAUCGGAUGAAUAUCCUGCUACUUUACCAGCAACAGUAGUUGUUCCAGAAAUUUGGCCUCACGUUCCAGUUAUAGCAAUCAAUAGACAUCCAGUCUUUCCUCGUUUUGUAAAACUUAUUGAAAUAACAAAUCCAAUUCUUAUUGACUUGAUUAGACGAAAAGUGAAAUUAAAUCAACCAUAUAUAGGAAUAUUCUUAAAAAAGAACGAAGAAAAUGAAUCGGAAGUGGUUCAGAAUUUAGAUGACGUUUAUUCAGUUGGAACUUUUGCACAAAUUCAUGAAGCUCAAGAUUUGGGGGAUCGUUUAAAACUCGUUGUAAUGGCUCAUAGGCGAAUAAAAAUUGUGGGCCAGAUAUUAGAGGAAAUAACUCCCAAGUCUACACAUGAGAUGAAACUGACGUUUCCUAUAUUAAAUACGACAAUUACCGUUCCUGUAGACGAUGCAAUGAGCGGUGGCAGUAAGAAAGCUCGUAGGCCUUUUCUGCGAAAGAAAGUGGAGCAGAAACACACUGACGAUGUAAAAACAGAGCCUGUGGAAGAAACUAUCUCAGAAGUAGCCGUUGCAGAAGAAAAAUCGAUUGACGAAACACAGAAAGUAAAUCCACAACUUGCUGAGCAUUCUGCGCAACCAUUUUUGAUGGCUGAAGUUGUAAAUAUUACACAUGAGAAAUUUAGACAAACCGAGGAAAUUAAGGCAUUGACCCAAGAAUUAAUUAAAACUAUUAGAGAUAUAAUUAGCAUGAAUCCUUUAUAUCGCGAAUCUCUGCAACAAAUGUUACAUCAAGGACAAAGAGUAGUUGACAAUCCAGUUUAUCUCAGUGAUUUGGGGGCCGCUUUAACAGGUGCUGAUGCUCAAGAGCUCCAGCAAGUUCUUGAAGAAAUGGAUAUUCUUAAAAGACUUCGAUUGUCUUUAGCGCUUUUAAAAAAAGAGUAUGACCUGUGUAAACUUCAACAAAAAAUUGGAAGAGAAGUUGAAGAGAAAGUCAAGCAGCAACAUAGAAAGUACAUACUUCACGAACAAAUGAAAGCAAUAAAGAAGGAAUUGGGACUUGAGAAAGAUGACAAGGAUGCUAUUGAAGAAAAGUUUAGAGAAAGAAUUCGACAGAAAGUAGUUCCAAAACCGGUUAUGGAUGUUUUGGAAGAAGAAUUGAAUAAAUUAAGUUUCUUGGAAAGUCACAGCAGCGAAUUCAAUGUGACAAGAAAUUAUUUAGACUGGUUAACUUCUAUGCCUUGGGGAGUAACAAGUCCGGAAAAUUUAAAUCUGCAACGGGCUGUCGAAAUUUUAAAUAACGAUCAUUACGGAAUGGAGGAUGUCAAGAAAUUAAUACAUGAAUUUAUUGCCGUCAGUCAAUUGAAAGGAUCGACACAAGGAACAAUUUUAUGCUUUCAUGGUCCACCUGGAGUGGGAAAAACUUCAAUAGCAAAGUCAAUUUCAAAAGCCUUAAAUAGAGAGUAUUUUCGGUUCAGUGUCGGAGGAAUGACUGAUGUUGCCGAAAUUAAAGGACACAGAAGAACCUACGUAGGCGCUAUGCCUGGUAAAGUGAUUCAGUGCUUGAAAAAAACAAAAACCGAAAAUCCAUUAAUUUUGAUUGAUGAAGUUGACAAGAUAGGAAAAGGUCAUCAAGGAGACCCAGCAUCGGCUCUUUUAGAAUUGUUGGACCCGGAGCAGAACGCAAACUUUUUAGAUCACUAUCUUGAUGUUGCGGUUGAUUUAUCAAAAGUGCUCUUCAUUUGCACAGCAAAUGUCAUUGACACGAUUCCGGGACCUCUCAAAGAUAGAAUGGAAAUGAUUGAAAUGUCCGGAUAUGUUGCCGAGGAGAAGCUCGCUAUAGCACAACAAUAUUUGGUCCCACAAGCAAUGAAAGACUCUGGCCUUUCAAAUGAACAGAUAGUAAUUCAUGACAACGCUUUGAACUCACUGAUUAAGUCUUAUUGUCGAGAAUCCGGAGUUAGGAAUUUGCAAAAAUAUAUCGGUAAAGUACAUAGGAAUGUAGCUUACAAAAUUGUGACGAAAGAAACAGAAAAAAUUCAUGUCUUGUGCGAUAAUCUCGAAGACUUUGUGGGAAAACCAUUAUUUAUGCACGACAGAAUGUAUCAAGUUACUCCUCCAGGUGUAGUUAUGGGGCUUGCAUGGACAGCUAUGGGAGGAUCAACUCUUUUUAUAGAAACCAGAACAAAAUUUAUGGAAACCACGAAAAAAUAUAAAGGUUCUUUGAAUUACACAGGGCAUCUUGGAGAUGUGAUGAAAGAAUCAAUCAGCAUUUCAAAAAUUGUAGCAGAAAGCUUUUUAAGCACUGUUGAUCCUUCUAAUGAAUUUUUUCAACAUGCGCAUCUUCACUUGCAUGUACCUGAAGGUGCUACUCCUAAAGAUGGACCCAGUGCUGGAGUCACGAUUGCAACUGCCCUUAUUUCUCUAGCGAAAAAUCAGGCAAUUAGACAAGAUGUUGCCAUGACAGGGGAACUCAGCUUAACGGGAAAAGUUCUCCCAGUUGGGGGAAUUAAAGAAAAAACAAUUGCUGCGAAACGUGUUGGAGCUAAAUGUAUAAUUUUGCCAGAAGGAAAUGAGAGAGAUUUCAAUAAUCUUGCAAAAUAUAUCACCGAAGGUCUAGAAGUGCACUUUGUUUCUUCCUUUAAAGAAGUAUACAGGAUAUGUUUUGAAAAUGGCACCGACCAAUUCCAUGGCUCUUUCCAGACUCCACAAAUUCAACAGUCACCUCUUUUUUCCGAGCCAGAAAAAACAUAAAUGAAUAUGCAUCAAACCUUUACCUCCAGAAACAAGUUUCAAUAGAAAUUUAAAAAUUAUUAUCAAGAUUGUUAAUUUUUAUAUGAAUUGGGUAUUCAGAAUGUUGAAACUACUUUGAAUACACUGUAGCGUAGAAAAAUAUAUUUUUCAAUUCUGAUAAAGAAGAUUACAUUGUAAAUAUGUACAGCAUUUUUUGUUCAUUUUACUUAUUUUUUGCCAACUGCAACUGCAAAUUUUUAGUGGUUAAACAUUCAAGAUAAGAAUAUAUUAUGGAAGUGUUGAUUAAAAAUUGUAUUUGAAACAGUUAUAAUUGUAAUAAAUCGAUAAUACAGCCUUA